AUGUGGAAUGCCUAUUCAAGGAGACUGCGGGACCAACAGGAUUAUCACGAGACUGUGACCCUCAGAACCUUGAAAAAGGUCACUCCUGUCCCAUCCGCUGCCGCACUCCUGCACCGCCAAAAUGUUUGGCUUUGGACAUGUUCUGUCUGCUGCUGGAUCAACUUGGGAGAGCGGAUGCAUGUCCAGGCCCUGCAGCUGAGCUCACGGGCCUUCAUGAGCAGCGCCUACAUGGCCAUGGUCUCUAAGCAACUGGGCGCCUUCAUGUUUGGCGGCAUAGCCCGUUUCUCCCUGACCAGCAUGGCCACGAAGAUCACCAAUCACCUGAGCCCCCACUUCCUGGCCAUGUGCCUGCCCCACCUGGCUUCCUCCUUCAACUGUGAGAGCAGCUACGUCACCAACUACACCUGCACCAGACACCCUGAAGACAUCCUCGAUGCCAGGGAGUGA